UAACUGCCGGCCGAGGUCCAAUCGGCCAGCAUGUAGAAAUGCCAUGCAUAAUAUAAUAGGCUGCGGUCCCUGACUUUGCGACUUUGAUUGACUACCUACCUAAUAUAUAUACAGCCCAAAAAUAAAAACGCUUUAUAAUUGUCUGCACCCACUUGUAUCGAUUCUGCAAUCUGGUAGUCGUCUAUUUUGUCGCUUGGACGCCCUCUAAAUCCUCUCAGAAUUUGGCAUUCGUAAAAGACAGUUUGCUUUGCUCUCCUGGCAAGCGUCAAGGUUCACGCAUUUUCAACUGACAGAACCCUAAAGAGACGGACCCAUUCCCAGUCAGCAACCAUGACUUCCUCAUUUCACAUCAAGGAACAUGUUAUAGAAGCUCAACAUAUUAGGGAAUACCCGCGAGCGACUGCAAACUCGCAGGAAGAAGUUCUGCAGAUUGCCGUAAAACAAUACAUUCCCAAAAAUAACCCGAACCCGCAACCGGGCGACGUUACUAUCAUCGGUGCUCAUGCCAACGGCUUUCCAAAGGAACUAUACGAGGCGCUAUGGGAGGAUAUGCUCACAAAAUCCACAGCCCACGGCUUCAAGAUCCGCUCGAUAUGGAUCACCGACGUGGCAUGGCAGGGCCAGAGCGGCAUCUUGAACGAGGGCAAGCUGGGUAAUGACCCAUCCUGGGCCGACGCCGAGCGCGACCUCCUCCACAUGGUAAAUCACUUCCGGGACUCCAUGCCGCGGCCGCUCGUCGGCAUCGGCCACUCGUUCGGCGGGGCCAUCAUCACGGGCCUGUCUCUGCUGCACCCGCGCCUGCUGCAGACCGUGGUCCUCCUGGACCCCGUCAUCGCCGUCUACAGCAGCGCGUCGGGCGCCAUCAUGCCCAUGACGCUGUCGUCGCUCCGGCGCGACGUCUGGCCCUCGCGCGCCGCCGCCGCCGCCUCCUUCGCCAAGAGCCCCUUCUACCGGGCCUGGGACCCUCGCGUGCUGGACGCCUGGGUGAAGCACGGCCUGCGCGACUGCCCCACGCUCCUGUACCCUGACGCGCCCGCCGGCUCCGUCACCCUCGCCACCACCAAGCACCAGGAGUGCUUCUGCUACUUCCGCCCCAAGGCGCAGCGGCUGGCCGAGGACGGGACGACCCUGGUGAUGGACGAGACGAGGUUGCGGGACCUGCCGCUCGAGAGGCGCGGCGACGCCGACCAGGGGCCGUUCUACCAGCCCGGCAGCGCGCGCAUCUACGCCAUGCUGCCGCACGUCGCCCCGAGCGUCUUGUACGUGUUUGGUGGCACGAGCGACGUCAACACGCCUGAGCAGUGUCGUGACAAGCUGGCCAGGACGGGAGUCGGGCUGGGAGGGAGCGGUGGCGUCGCGGCGGGGCGGGUGGCCCAGUAUGUUAUCGAGGACGUUGGGCACCUGGUUGCCAUGGACAAGCCGGAUGUCUGCGCCGAGCAGGCCGCGGCUUGGAUUGGGCCUGAGAUUGAGCGCUGGAGGAGGGAGGAGUUGAAGGAGCUCGAGCCGUGGUGGCGCAAACCUGGUCCGGAAAAGUGGACAAUGAAUGAGCAGCUAUUGUCUUUGAUACCCAAGCCUGGGAAGCCAAAGUUGUAGAAGACAGAGAUAAUUGCGGCUUUGGCAUGCAUAUAGCGUUCGUAUAAACAAGGGAUAGAUACUUUGCGGUGCGCUUUGGCGCUGGACAUAUUUAUUAGCUGAUCUUGGAUAUCUCAAAUAGAUUCGCUCGCGGCCAUUUCAUCAAAUCUCAUUCUCGUGAAUUUCUUCCAUCCAUCACUAGUCCAGUCAAGGAUCCCGCUUCUCGCUCGCACUCCCUUCAACAUCUGCUUUGGACUCCUCCUGCCCUGCCAAAGGUGGGAUCCAGAUCAAGAAUCCCUCCUUGUCAAGCUUCAUCCCAGCGGUAGGGAUGACCCUCAACAACUUCUGGAAGUACUUGUCCCUGACUGUCAAGUUGGGCCUGACCCAGGCUCCAUGGACUAACGGCAGUAGCCGCCAAGUCACCUUGCGCCUCGAGACGGGCAAGAGGUGUAUCGUAACCAGCUUGGGGCCUGAAAAGGCAAACUGCUCACUUGGUUCCAUGUUAAGGCCAAACGUGAGGAAGUGAUUCGAUGCGUUCUCAAUCACAAUGUCGAGUUGCACCACGUCGCCCGUGCUCUCCAUCUUCGGGUAUGCCACGGUUGCGAGGACUCGAGGCUCAGCUCCGAAGAUGCCCAAUCGUGGGACCGGGAGCUUGGUUGUAUUGACGUGAUCAUCCGAGUCGGAUGGACGUCGCCAGCUAAUCAUGAAAGUGACAUCUAGGCUCAGCGGGUCCCGCUCGUCGAGACUGUACCUUUGCGCCGUAAUGUCAAACUUGACCUCUUCUAUGGUCUUGGGCUUGACCAGCAGCCCAUCACUGGGAAACUCGUUGGCUUCCGAGAUGCGAGUAUGAACAUCUGGACUAGGCGAUAUUGAGACGGCGACACCAACCACUUUCAGGUCCUCGCUUGCAAAAGAGGCGUAACGAGUGACCAGGCACCACGUCUGACACAAACCGCGGGGUUGAACGUGGUACGUAUCAUCGUCGACAUACAAGGCUUGGACGCCUUCAUGAUCGAAAAUGCUUGGCCAGGUGUCUGGGUGGAGGCGAGGCAACAGAUCAUAGUUAGCUUCGAAAGGGUUGACGAGUUCGAGCCUGAAAUCCAUGGUUUGAACCACUGGAGUAUGCGGAUCGGUGACGAGACUAUAUGAUGCCGAAAUGACCAGCUCGAACGUCGUAGAAAAGUCCAUAGGAUCAAUAUAGAUAACACCCUUGACAAUACCGGUUGAUGGGACAAGACCUAAAGGAGCCGUCACUUGUCGAGACUCGUCUGCGGCAUUGAUGUCUGUAGCAGAGAUAUCAAUAUCAUCGCCUGACACGAUCCUAAAAGCCGGGGGCUCCUGUCCAGCAAUGACAACCCCAACCUCGAGUUGUGCGUCGGCAUCCUCAGCGUUGAUAAUCUCGAAUUCCAACUCUAUCGCCUCAUUCGUGUAAUACUGAUCCAUGAUGUUGUUCAGCUUGAUCUCGACGUUUGGUGGGCGCGGCAGAAUGCGAACCAUGUGAGAAUGCACUCGGUGAAUCUUCCUUGGUUUUCCAUCAUGACCAUACCAUAAACCAGCAGCACCAGAAUCUCUAUGCCGAACUAUGCAGUCAAGGCCAAAUGUUUCGGUCGACAAGGACAAGGUGGUGGAAGCAGCCUUGGCUUCGCCAGGUUCUCGCAGGAUAACUCCCAUUUCAUAUACCAUGGUGUGUCCUGGAAGUAGGGUGAGGUCACAGUUCCCAACCAGUAAGGAGAUGUUGGCUGAGGCUCCAGUGUCCGGGUCGCUAGACUGCAUGGUCUCUUCGUGGAGAUUCACUGUUGAUAUCUUCACGUUGCCAUUCUGUGUCUUUGUUUCUUGGCUUGCAUCGUGCUUAAGCUGCACCGUCUUUAUGCUACCAUCAAAAACGAUCUGCAAGCUGCUCAAGACCAUGGCCGCAGACAUUGGAGCCGCGUUGGACUUUAUUGAAAGCUGAGCUAGGCAUGCACGGCCAGCGUUCCCUUCUUCGGUGCGAAAUAUGAAAGAGGUUGUGAGCAGCGGUAGGCUUGAGUCGUCAGAAAUCACGACCGACGGCUUCUCAUCCAGAGAGAAACCCUCCAAUGAUUUGGAGAGGUCGUAAUGCCAGUUCGUUCGUGGCGUAUACUUGCUGUUAAGUAGCUCCCAAUCAAUCGAGAUGAGCAGUUCGGCAUCUUCUUGCUGCUGAGCGACCGCGCGAAGCAGCCACGCCAGCUCCUCACUAACAUCAACCCAGCCGUCUUUUCUGAACAACAUUUCGGACCAGAUUGGUUUGAGAAGACGCAGGGCGGCUUUCCACUGCUUUACAGAGAUAAGUUCUCUUGCCAUCUCCAGUGACAGGUCUGCAUAUAGUCUUGCCUGCCCUCGCUUUCCAAACUCUUCCUUGGCUGCGUCCAGGCACUGCACAAUAAGUUUGGUGUGGUUAACACCGCCACUGUUCGGUUCCAAAGGAUACUCUUCGGAUGGUUCCGGACACAUGUACGUGUCGUGGGAAAAGGCACCAGCUGUGUUUUUCCUUCUAGAUGCCGAGUCCAUGACUUUUCUGUCCUCCUCUGGGAUGGCUAAGGCAUGUGCCCGUCUUCGGCGCAUGUGGCGUGAGGCCUCUCGGUGCCAAUACCCAGGGUGGUGUAGCAAUUCCCAAGGCUGGAGACGCUCCCCCAUGGCAGUCUUCUCAGGCUGUAGAUACAUGAGCGGCGAGGACGAAGAUAAUUCGGGAAACUUGACUUUGUCGAUCAACUGUGCCAUCAUGGUGGCCCAUCGAGCUUCCCAGGCCGACCACCCGUAGUUUUCUGUGCCACGGCCUCUGCGGUUCACCAGAUCACCGAUUCGGUUACGGUGAGUCUGCCACCUCCGCACAGCCGCUGUGGUCUGGCCGUUCCAUAGCAUACAUCUCAGGCAGCGAAAAGCAAUUAUAUCCGCAAUUUGACGUGCCUCGUUCCAUCUUGCGGUCCAACUUGGUAUCAUCUCC